AUGCCUGUUCGCCGAGGUCAUGUGGCACCACAGAACACCUUCUUGGGGACCAUCAUCCGCAAAUUCGAAGGGCAGAAUAAAAAAUUCAUCAUUGCUAAUGCUAGAGUGCAGAACUGUGCUAUCAUCUACUGCAAUGAUGGGUUCUGUGAGAUGACUGGAUUCUCCAGACCAGACGUCAUGCAGAAACCAUGCACCUGUGACUUUCUUCAUGGACCAGAAACCAAAAGGCAUCACAUUGCCCAAAUUGCUCAGGCUUUGCUUGGGUCAGAGGAGAGAAAAGUGGAAGUCACCUAUUAUCACAAAGAUGGGUCCACCUUCAUUUGCAACACCCACAUCAUCCCAGUGAAAAAUCAAGAAGGAGUUGCCAUGAUGUUUAUUAUUAGCUUUGAAUACGCAACGGAUGAGGAGAAUGUAGAGUCUCCAGAGAAACUGAACCAGAUAAUCUCAGCCAAAGUUGCAAACCAUGGCAACAACCUUUCAAGAGGCUCAUUUUCAGGCAGAAUUUGGGGGUUCAAGAUACCCGGGCUGAGCCUCUUAUCAUACCGCAAGCAGUCCCUGCCGCAGGAAGAUCCCGAUGCUGUGAUUGUGGACUCGGCAAAACGCAGCAACGACUCCAUGGCGAUGAAGCACUUCAAGUCCCCGACAAAAGAAAGCUGCAGCCCUUCGGAAGCAGACGACACCAAGGCGCUCAUCCAGCCAAGCACAUGUUUGCCUCCGGUGAAUAUAUCAGGACCCCUAGACCAUUCAUCUCCAAAACGGCAGUGGGAUCGACUCUACCCAGAUAUGCUCCAUUCCAGUACAGGACUUACCCAUGCCCAGUCAAAGGAAAGUAUUUGCAAUAUAAGGAGAGCAUCUUCAAUACAAAACAUAGAGGGGUUUAACAUCCAUCCCAAGAAUGUGUUUCGGGACCGGCAUGCAAGUGAAGGUCCUUUUAACCAUAUCAAGUCAAGUCUAUUAGGAUCUACAUCGGAUUCAAAUCUCAACAAAUACAGCACCAUCAACAAGAUCCCCCAGCUCACUCUGAACUUUUCUGAUAUCAAAAAUGAAAAAAAAAGUUCAUCGCCUCCAUCUUCAGAGAAAACAAUUAUUGCACCCAAAGUGAAAGACAGGACACACAAUGUAACUGAAAAGGUUACGCAGGUCCUAUCCUUGGGAGCAGAUGUUCUGCCAGAAUAUAAACUCCAAACACCUCGCAUCAACAAGUUUACUAUAUUGCACUAUAGUCCUUUCAAAGCAGUCUGGGACUGGCUGAUUUUACUGCUGGUGAUCUACACGGCCAUUUUCACCCCUUACUCUGCAGCCUUCCUCCUCAACGACAACGAAGAACAGAAGAGGCGGGUGUGUGGCUAUUCAUGCAACCCACUGAGCAUGGUAGACUUAAUUGUGGAUAUCAUGUUUAUCAUUGACAUUGUCAUCAACUUCCGAACAACAUAUGUGAACCAGAAUGAAGAAGUGGUAAGUGACCCAGCAAGAAUAGCAAUUCACUACUUCAAAGGCUGGUUCCUAAUUGACAUGGUUGCUGCAAUACCUUUUGACCUGCUGAUAUUUGGAUCUGGCUCUGACGAGACAACAACCCUGAUUGGGCUUCUGAAGACAGCUAGACUUCUGCGUUUGGUGAGGGUCGCGCGGAAACUGGACAGAUACUCUGAAUAUGGUGCUGCUGUUCUGAUGUUACUUAUGUGCAUAUUUGCCCUCAUUGCUCACUGGCUGGCUUGCAUUUGGUAUGCCAUUGGGAACGUCGAAAGGGAAUACCUGGCUCGUAAAAUCGGCUGGUUGGAUUCCCUGGGACAGCAACUGGGAAAGCAUUAUAACCGGAGUGAUAAAAGCUCUGGACCAUCUAUCAAGGACAAAUACGUCACAGCACUUUAUUUCACCUUCAGCAGCCUGACCAGCGUCGGAUUUGGAAAUGUGUCUCCAAACACCAACUCAGAGAAAAUCUUUUCCAUCUGCGUCAUGUUGAUUGGCUCACUAAUGUAUGCAAGCAUUUUUGGAAAUGUAUCCGCAAUAAUCCAAAGACUGUAUUCAGGGACUGCACGUUAUCACAUGCAGAUGUUGCGUGUAAAAGAGUUUAUACGCUUCCAUCAAAUUCCCAACCCACUGAGGCAGCGGCUUGAAGAGUAUUUUCAGCAUGCAUGGACAUACACAAAUGGCAUUGACAUGAACAUGGUCCUAAAGGGGUUUCCAGAAUGUUUACAAGCAGAUAUCUGUCUCCACCUCAACCAAAGUUUACUUCAAAACUGCAAAGCUUUCCAGGGAGCCAGUAAAGGCUGUCUCCGGGCUUUGGCUAUGAAGUUUAAGACGACGCACGCACCUCCCGGGGACACCCUUGUCCACUCUGGCGAUAUUCUGACUGCGCUUUACUUCCUGUCGCGUGGCUCCAUCGAAAUCCUCAAGAAUGAUAUGGUGGUGGCAAUCCUCGGCAAAAAUGAUAUUUUUGGAGAGAUGGUCCAUCUUUAUGCAAAACCAGGAAAGUCCAAUGCAGAUGUGAGGGCUUUAACCUACUGUGACUUGCACAAGAUUCAACGAGAAGACCUAUUAGAAGUUUUGGAUAUGUACCCUGAAUUUUCCGAUCUCUUCCUCACCAAUCUUGAGCUCACUUUCAAUUUGAGAAAUGAAAACCCCAAAGCUGAACUCGCAAUAAGGCCACAAACAACUAAUGAUUCAGAUGGUGACAACAGCAAACUCCGAAGAAGGAAAUUCUCUUUUGAAAGUGAAAUCGAUAAAGACUAUGACAAAGACAAUGAGGGUUCUCUGGAUAACACCAGACAUUAUCAGGUCACCAAGAAGCAUUUUGGGGAGAAGAGAAGCAGAUCGUCAUCUUUUGUGUCGUCCAUUGAUGAUGAGCAGAAACCUUUGUUCUCUGGGAUCAUAGGCUACCCAUCUGUCCUGGGAAAGACUGCAGUGCUGGGUUUUGAGGAGAUGAUGCAUGCAACAGAAAGAAUUCAAACUGACAAAAGGAGUCAUUCUUGUAAAGACAUCACCGACAGAAGAAUCUGGGAGGAGGAUCAUAGCAGGAGCCACCAGGAAUUAUCCAGCCAGUCGGCAUUGCCCCAUGUCACGUGGGGCAUCUCCGAAACAGAGAGUGAGAUCAACUAUGGAGAAGUGGAACAGAGGCUAGAUUUACUUCAAGACCAGCUCAGCAGGCUUGAAUCCCAAAUGACUUCUGACAUUCAAACCAUCCUACAGCUGCUGCAGAGACAAUCGGCACUUGUUCCACCUGCCUAUAGCAUGGUGGCCACUGGGGCAGAUUACCAGAGGCCAGCUGUCCGAAUAGUGCAAAGUCUUCACCCCAUAGCAUCUAUUAAAACGGACAGAAGCUUCAGUCCUUCACAGUGUCCUGAAUUUCUAGACCUCGAAAAAUCAAAACUGAAAUCCAAAGAAUCUCUCUCGAGCGGAGUGCAUCUUAACACAGCCUCAGAAGACAACCUGGCAUCAUUUCUGGAACAGGAGCAUGCCCAGUCUUUAGAGCUGCCCCAACAACAUCAUCGUAAGGCUUACCUCCACCAAAUCAGACACCCAUCCUUGCCAGAUUCAUCUCUAAGCACUGUAGGAAUCUUGGGUCUCUAUAGGCAUGUUUCUGAUCCUGGUCUUCCUGGGAAAUAACCCUUUUAUACUCUUACAUCACCUAAAAUGUAAGUGCUUUUAAUGGCUUUUUUAUUUUGUAUUUAUAUCCUCUAUACUUGACUCAGGGGCUGCAAGGAUAUACCAUUAUAUGCAAAAGUACUGUAUAUUUUCCUAACUUUGUAGCUUGUAAGGUAAGGUUAACAAGUAACAAUGUAAAUAUAUAAAUAUAUACAUAUAUAUAUAAACAAACAAACAAACUGUAUGUUCCAAAUAUAAAGUUGCCAGCAUUCUCAAGGCACCUUAUAUUUUUUAAUUUUUUAAAAAGCACCUUGCAUGUUUGGAAAUGAUAAUGGAUCUGUUGCAUGGAGACUACUAUUUACUGUUUUCAAUGAAACCCUAUUUUACUGCGGAUAUGCCUUCAAAAA